AUGUCAACUGUGGGCGAGUAUGAUGACUUGGGACUACCAUUAGCGGGAGAGCCCGAUGGGAAGAAGAGAUUCUCUUUGAAAACGAGGCUGAGGUACUACUAUGACUGCGCCGCGCUGUACACCGAAGCCUAUUACAAGUUUGGAAAAAAAGGCGAGACCGUCUUGGUGCCGGGCUACGGUGGUCGUGCGGACCUGAUCAUGCCGGAAAGCUCUGUGGAGUGGGCCAUGUCACAGCCAGACACGGCGCUCAGCGUGUCGCAAGCCUUUCUGCAAGCCAAUCUGUCAACAUACAGUCUUGGUCACUCCAAGUAUUGGGGGGACCCAUGGCAAUUCGCUUUGGUCAAGACGUCCCUUGGCCCUAUGAUCAAAAGCCUCAUACCGGCAGUGGACGAUGAGCUGCACUACAUUGUGCCCAAGGUCCUGGGUAUGGACACGGAGAACUGGAAGGAAAUCCAUCUCGAUGAGUCGGUGCGGAUGAUUGUGGCAGCGGCAUCAAGUCGCUUCACGGUCGGUCUUCCGCUGUGCAGAAAUGAAGACUACCUAAAGCGGUCACUCGACAUUAUCGAAGGAGUCAUGCUGACUGCUAUCAUCGGGAACUGCAUCCCCUCAAUCUUUUUGCCCGUCGUCGCCCGCCUGACCAGCAUCCAUACUUGGUACAACUUGGGCAAGAUCAAGGAACACCUGCAGCCGCAGUACGCGGAACGCCUGGCCGCACUCAAGAAGGACAAGGAACACCAAGCUCAGGAUCAGCUGCAAGCCAUGCUCCAAUUCGCGGAGAAGAGACGCCCCCAGGAAGUCAAGGACGUGCAGACCAUGGCAAUCCGGCUCGCGUCAACCAACUUUGUCAGCAUGCAUCAGACGUCGGGCACGGCGGUGCAGAUGCUGCUCAACAUCCUCGACUCAGACAAAGAAUUCGGCAUCAUUGCCAAGCUGCGGGCAGAGGCCGACCGCGAGCUGGGCACCGACGGCACGGGCUGGACCAAGGAAAAGCUUAUGAACAUGGCCGGGUACGACAGCGUGGCACGGGAGUCGAUGCGUGUGACAUUCCCCUUUGGCAACCGCGGCCUCCUGCGCAAGGUCAUGAAGGAUGGCAUUGUGACGGAUGCCGGUGUGCCGCUCAAGAAGGGCACCAUCGUCGCCUUCUUGGCCUCUCAGGCGCAGAUGGACUCGGCCAAGUUUGAGAACCCGAACAAAUUCGACCCUUGGCGCUUUUCUCGUGAUCUGGAGAAGGAGAAGGAGAAGGAGACGCAAAACGGCAAUGCCCAGGCACAGACAGACGACCCCAAGGCGGGAUACCACAAAAACUCGUUCGUCACCACGUCGCCAGACUACUUACCGUUCGGCCACGGUCGUCAUGCCUGUCCCGGUCGGUUCCUGGUCGAUUUCGAGCUCAAGAUGACCAUGGCCUACAUCCUGAAGCAUUAUGACCUGGAGCUGCCGGCUGAGUACAACGGACGGCGCCCGCCUAACCGGCAGAUUGCUGAGCUCACGGCUCCGCCGAAGGGGGCGAAGAUAAUGGUUCGAAGACGCCGUGAGUAG